AUAUGAGCGAAGAGGAAGAUAUUGAUUUAGAAGUCGAGGUUAUCUUGAUCAUAGUGCUCCUGAUUGUUUACAUAUUUGUCGCACAGCUCAUUGAAGAGCAGAAGAUUGAUUUCCUUCAUGAAUCAGGCAUAGCCAUCCUUCUUGGAGCUAUCAGUGGUAUUAUAUUCCUGUUUGUAGGAAGUUCGCCUAUUUCUUUCAGCGGAGAAGGCUUCUUUUACUUUGUACUUCCACCUAUUAUUUUUGGAGCAGGGUACACUCUGAAGGAAAAGAACUUUUUCAAGAAUAUUGGGUACAUCACUCUGUUUGGGUUACUUGGAACUUUAAUCUCAAUGGUAGUAAUGAGUGCAUUCGUGAUUAUAUUUAAUGAUUAUCUGUUCCCGCUAGGGCACUCGCAGCGGCUGACUACUGCAGAAUGACUCUUACUUUCAGCAGUGCUCUGAGCAACUGAUUCUGUAGCCGCACUGGCUAUUGUGAAAGAAACAGAGUUUCCAACACUAAACUCUAUUCUUUUCGGAGAAGGAGUGGUAAAUGAUGCUGUUGCUAUUUUGAUCUUUAAGUCAGUAGAAAAAAUGAUUGAGGAAGGCAAAGAGAAUGUAGAUGAAGAUAUAAUCGAUACAAGAGGUGUUGAAGUCGGUAUCAAAGAAAUACUCGCGACAACUAAGGACUUCUUUAUUCUUACUCUCAGCUCUCUAGGACUUGGAAUUGCAAUUGGUCUUAUUUCUGCAUUUAUUUUAAAGAAUAUCAAAUCAUUAAGACAUCACCCGACUUUGGAGAUAUUCUUGAUAAUGCUGUUUGGAUACAUGUCAUACUUGCUUGCAGAAUUAUUAAACCUUUCAGGUAUCAUGACCUUGUUCCUCUGUGGUGUAAUAAUGUCUCACUACACUUACCAUAAUGUAUCAAAAAGCUCUAAAGUAGGAAGUGUAGUGUCGAUUACUAGUAUUGCUUUCUUAGCAGAAGCUUUCUUGUUCACAUACUUAGGACUAUCAAUCUUUUCAACAGAAUCGUCCAGCUUCUCUCUGAACUUUACCUUCUUGAUUAUUAUUGCUGCAGUACUUGCCAGAUUCGCUUCUGUAUUUUUGUCAAUUGCAAUUUAUGCACUGUUCAGAAGAUGUGUUAUUGAAAUUGAUUGAAAACAGCUCACUCUGAUUUGGUUCUCAGGACUCAUCAGAGGAGCAAUAGCCUUUGCCUUAAGUCUCGAGAUUGGCCCUAGCAUUGCUCCUCAUAGAGAUCAAAUGGUCUCUACUACUCUAAUGAUGGUGCUCAUGACCACUGUUGUAUUGGGAGGAGUCAUGAGUGCUUUUGCCAAACUUAUUGGACUUGAUGCAGAAGUUACAGAUGAAGAUGAAUUAGCCGGAACUCAUGAUUCCAAAAUUGAAAGACUUACAGACGUUGUUUUUAAGGAUAAGAAGAAGGGUCUGUGAAAGAGAAUGUUCCGCAAAUUAGAUAACAAAAUACUUAAACCUCUAUUCGGUGGAGAUAUGAGCAAGAUUAAGAGAGCUUCUUCUUUUCAAUCAUACAUGACAACGACAACUCCCAAGCCAGCAGCAGACACACAGGCACUUCUGCGUUCCUCUCCAUCCAAUGAUGCUGAUAUGCAGAAUAGGACUGCUAGUUUAAUGAGAGGUGCUAAUCUUGAUAGAAUCUCUGAACAUACUGACGAAAACUAGAAAAAUAAAGAACUUUUUAAAGAAUUUUAAGAUUCAUACUUGAUGUUUGC